AUGCCAAUCAUCAAGGAUGAAUACUACCACACAAUCAGCACAUCCCAGUCCCCUGCUCAACGAGUCUCAACAGUCGCUAGCGAAACUCUGGCUGGAAAUGUCGAACGAAGCCGACGGCAUCAGCUUAGGUAUCGUAAAGAAGCGAGAGAGAUCUGCGGUUCGAAGAACAAUGCGUGGUUGGACGAGAGCGAGACGAGAGAGAUGGUUGAGAUGAAGACCAAUGUACACGACACAGUGCCAGGCGCAAGAGCAGUAUACGAGACUGCCUCCAUCCGCAUGGCAGAACUUUCCAGAGCCCCAAAAGUAUCAAUCGCGAUUUUCAAGUGGAGGUCUGGGGGCACUCUUACAGGCACCGCUGUCCCGAUGGACAUGUCUGGAAACGGCAAGGAUAUUCAUGAUUUGCUCCUCAGGUGCCUGGCGAGCAUCAAGACCGAAGGCCAUGAGCCAACGACCGAAAAAGUCGAGCUUCGCUGGAGCGUCAGGGGGUUUACCGGGACAGAAUGA